GGGAACUCCACGCGGCCUCUAGGCAAAGGAGGCGGCGUUAAAGGCCAGCCGAAAUGAGGUCUAAAUGGCCUUCAAAUGCGUUGUUGCAUAUUAAUUGAAGUCCAACGGGCGUUUGGACGCUCCUCCUCGUUUGGACGAGUGAAUAACGGAAGCUCUAACGAUCAGCGGAUUCAGCAGCGGCAGGCAGACGACUGCGCGAGAGAGCGCUGUUCGCAGCAGCGAGCAGGCGGGGGCAGGCGCGGGCAGAGGCAGGCAGGCAGGCAAUGCAGCAGCAGCAGCAGCAGGGGCUCUACAGGCUCUACGGGUCCAGACUCCAGCAGAAGCGAGCGAGCAAGCAGCCAUCGUGAAAGCUUUAAGCGGGCAGUGCAGGAGGGGGCAGCCAAGGCCAUGCCAGAGGAAACAGGAGUGCUGUUCAGUGCAGAGCAGCGCAGUGGCGCCGCAGACCAGACAAGCGAGAUGGCGAGUGAGACUCGGGCUCGGCCUGCCUUGGCUUAGAUGGGCAGCAGCAGAAGCGGAAGCGCGAGCAAGCGGAGGUGCUAGUCAACAGUGUUGCUUUCUCGACUUGCAACUUGGCCUAUCGGUGCCGCUGCUGGCUGGCGUUUGUUCCGUAUCGUUGCGCUGCUCCUCGCUGCUGGGUGCUGCCGGUGAUGCUGCGCGAAGGAGGUGGGACUGCUGUCACUGGUCGACGACGCCGGGUCGGGCUUCAAGACAUUUGCUGCUUCCAGGCAUGAGGAAGCCGAUUAUGCCGGAAGCUCGCGAGACUCGACUCCGCUCGCUCGACUCCUGACUGCUAGCGAGGAGGGAGGUAGGGAGGGAGGCAGGCAGCCAGACAGGAACUGAAGGAGGGAAGAGAGGAGGGACAGUGGCAAGGAAGCGAGGCCAGGCAGUAGAGGGAGGGUUGGGCUGAGCGAGAUUGAGAGCGAGAGAGAGACCGAGACUGAAAGAGAGAGGGAGAGAGAGGAGAGGAGAGGAGAGGAGGGGGGGUGGGGGGGAGGGAAAAACUUGGAGGGAAGCGCAGAGCGAGCAGACGUGCAAAAGAGCGAGCCUUAAGCGCUGCUGCUUAGGCCGUUGUUGUUUCGGCUCGGUGUAUCGGUUCCCAUCCUCCAAGCCACGCGCACACCGACCCUUCACUCGAGAGAGCGACCGCGUACAGAGCAAAGGUGACAGACGCAGGAGACAGGCAUAGCGAAUGAGGGACAGAGCGAGAGCGGAGAGGAAGGUGUGCAGGGGGGGUCGCGACGGCGUAGUGGCAAGAAGAGAGUAGUAAGGUAGGCAGGUGGAGAAGAGGACGAGGAGAAACCUUACGGCAAACAGGUUAUCGGAGCGGCCCUCACUGAAUUUUCAAAAUGCCGAGACGGCGGAAAACUCCGAAGGAGCUUGAAGAGGCUUCUCAAGCUUCUUCUUCUCAGGCAGCUCCCGCCCCUGCGGCGACCCCAACACCGGCUCCUGCGCCACCACCGACAGCUACUCCUGUAGUCCAGGAGCCUGCUCCCCAGAUCCGCGAUGAAGCGACGAGCCAAGGCAGACCUGCGGCGACUGCCGGGUCUCAGGGAGUAGUUCCACCUGGUACUCAAUCUGGUGGUCAAGGCAGAGGGAGAGGUCGCCCCAGACCAGAUGGAAAACUUCGGGGUGGCGAUCCAGACCGAUCGUGGCCUGGCCACUCGGGUCCAGCUAGGGAAGGUGGUAGAGGUGGAAAUUAUGGUGGACAAGGACAAUAUCCAGCUGAGUCGUCUGGAGGCCAACACACUAGAAUCCCAGUCGGGCGAGACAAGCCAAUGGGUGGCGUUCCAUUUCAAGCAGCCAUGCCACCUGGGUUUCCUCCUCUAGGUCCUGCCGAUCAGUAUCCACAAUUAGGACGCGCACCAGCUCCAGUCCCAUCCUCUCACCUACCUCAAGUAUCUUUCGGCACACAACCUUCAUCAGCUACAAUGGCCCCUACCCAACUAUUGGAGACUUUUCGUCAGUUGCACAUUCCGGAGCCCGCUUCACCUGUUGAAGAAGUCGGACCGUCAUCACCUGUACGACAGGGUCCUCCAGUGUCUAGUCGAGCAUUAAGGUUUCCACUUCGCCCAGGGAGGGGCCUAUCUGGAACAAAGUGCAUUGUCAAGGCUAACCACUUUUUUGCGGAGCUUCCUGACAAAGAUCUUCACCAGUAUGAUGUGGCAAUAUCUCCGGAAGUCACGUCUCGAGGUGUAAACAGAGCUGUGAUGGAACAAUUAGUUAGACUUUACCGCGACAGCGAGCUUGGUCGCAGGUUACCAGCCUACGAUGGUCGAAAAAGUCUGUACACGGCUGGCCCGUUACCUUUCCAGUCUAAAGAAUUCCAAAUCAACCUCUUGGAUGAAGAAGAUGGCAGCAGCACUCCUAGACGGGAGAGAUCAUUUAAGGUGGUAAUCAAGUUCGCUGCACGAGCUGACUUGCAUCACCUAGGCCAGUUUCUUCAAGGACGUCAAGCUGACGCUCCUCAGGAAGCUUUGCAAGUUCUUGAUAUUGUUCUGAGGGAACUUCCUACUCACAGGUACUGUCCCGUAGGGCGUUCUUUCUACUCACCCGAUCUCGGGAAUCGCCAAUCUCUGGGUGAUGGGCUCGAAAGUUGGAGAGGGUUUUACCAAAGUAUACGCCCAACUCAGAUGGGUCUGUCGUUGAAUAUAGACAUGUCUUCCACUGCUUUCAUCGAGCCACUCCCGGUCACAGAGUUCGUGUCCCAACUCCUCAACAAGGAUAUCAAUAGACAACUAUCUGACGCGGAUCGUAUCAAGAUCAAGAAGGCGCUGCGAGGAGUAAAGGUUGAAGUAACUCACCGUGGUACUAUGCGGAGGAAGUACCGCAUAUCUGGGCUCACUUCACAGCCGACCCAAGAGUUGUCCUUCCCUGUGGAUGAAAGGGGAACGUUGAAAACUGUUACUGAAUACUUCCGCGAGACGUAUCAGUACACCAUUCGAAACCCAACACUCCCUUGCCUUCAAGUGGGAAAUCGAGACCGACCGAACUAUUUACCUAUGGAGGUCUGUAAAAUAGUGGAAGGACAACGAUAUUCAAAACGUCUGAAUGAGAGGCAGAUUACGGCUCUACUGAAGGUGACAUGUCAACGGCCGAAAGACCGUGAGGCAGAUAUUCUCCAGACUGUGUAUCACAAUGCAUACGCCCAGGAUCCUUAUGCUCAAGAGUUUGGGAUUCGUAUCAGCAAUAGGUUGGCCCAGGUCGAGGCCCGAAUAUUACCAGCACCGCGGCUCAAGUAUCAUGAUACAGGCAGGGAGAAAGAUUGCUUACCCCAAGUUGGCCAGUGGAAUAUGAUGAAUAAGAAAAUGGUCAACGGAGGUAUCGUAAAUAAUUGGGCGUGUAUUAAUUUCUCGCGCGGCGUGUUGGAGACCGUCGCGAAGGCGUUUUGUAUGGAGCUCGCUCAGAUGUGUCUAACAUCUGGAAUGCAUUUCAACCAAGAACCUGUGAUGCCAAUUCACAAUGCACGUUCAGACCAAGUUGAUCGGGCACUGAAGCAAGUAUUUAGAGAAGCUCAGACGCGUACAAAGGGAAAGGAUCUGGAGUUACUCGUGGUUAUCCUCCCUGAUAACAAUGGUGCUCUCUACGGUGAUCUCAAGCGUAUAUGUGAAACGGAUUUGGGAGUUGUGUCGCAGUGCUGCCUCACAAAGCAUGUUUAUAAGAUGAGCAAGCAGUAUCUUGCUAAUGUUGCAUUGAAGAUCAACGUUAAAGUCGGUGGAAGAAAUACCGUGUUGGUUGACGCUUUAACCAGAAAGAUUCCUCUGGUUAGUGACGUUCCCACCAUAAUAUUUGGUGCAGAUGUCACACAUCCUCAUCCUGGGGAAGAUACCAGUCCUUCGAUCGCUGCGGUGGUCGCUUCCCAAGAUUGGCCGGAGGUGACCAAAUAUGCAGGGCUGGUUUGUGCACAGGCACAUCGGCAAGAACUAAUUCAGGACCUUUAUAAGUCCUGGGUUGAUCCCCAGCGAGGUCCGAUGUCAGGGGGCAUGAUCAAGGAACAUUUGAUGUCUUUUCGAAGAGCAACUGGUCAAAAACCACAGCGCAUUAUAUUCUAUAGGGAUGGUGUCAGUGAAGGCCAGUUUUAUCAGGUCCUGCUUCACGAGCUUGAUGCUAUUCGGAAGGCCUGUGCUUCGUUGGAGGCAAACUAUCAACCUCCUGUGACUUUUGUUGUUGUGCAAAAGCGUCAUCACACACGGCUUUUCGCGAGUAGCCACAGCGAUAGAAACAUGACCGACCGGAGUGGAAAUAUCCUCCCAGGAACUGUUGUCGACUCCAAGAUUUGUCAUCCUACAGAGUUCGACUUUUAUUUAUGCAGUCAUGCUGGCAUCCAGGGUACUAGCAGGCCUGCCCACUAUCAUGUUCUAUGGGACGAAAAUAACUUCAAGGCCGAUGAACUUCAGUCUUUAACGAAUAAUUUAUGCUACACGUAUGCGCGGUGCACACGAUCUGUCUCUAUUGUUCCCCCAGCUUAUUAUGCACAUUUAGCUGCCUUCAGAGCCCGGUUUUAUAUGGAGCCAGAGGCCUCAGAUAGUGGCUCCUUGACCAGUGGUAUUGGUCCCACCGGCAGGACAAUCACCACAGGAAGUUCUGGUGCUCGAAGUACGAGGGCUCCUGGAGGCGGUGCCGUUCGUCCGCUACCACCGUUGAAGGAAAAUGUAAAAAAGGUAAUGUUUUAUUGUUGAGCCGAUCCCAACUUCGCUUGACCCCGGAAUCGAAGAUCUUGUCCUGGAAACCAUUUGAGAGGGUUCAUGUUCCUUUCCCUGAAUGUAUUGUGACAAAUAAGGAAGGCGUGGUUUAGUUAGAUUCCUCUUUGCAGUUGAUGCUAAGGAUCCAGCAUCUGGCACCAGGGAGUUAGCUAGUGUAGUCAGCUUGUAGGCAGAACUUCUUAGGUGGUUUCCUCCCUCUACCGAGACAGAUACUCGCUCUCAUACUUCGUGUGAGCUCCUUUUGGCUGCUAUCAUUUUUUGUAGCCUUUCGUAUUUAUCACUGCUGUUCAAGGAAAUUGGACGGACCUCACGGCAUGUUUGUAAAAGUCGCCCCAUUUUGUAACUAGCUCUCCAUCCGAUUUAACAGAGUUUUGGAUUCAGGACUUUUUUUUCCGAGGCCUGUUCACAC